AUGAAGGUCUGCCUCGUGCUCUUGGGUUUCACCGCUUGCGCCUUCGCACAGUACGAUACGCAGCCGUCAGGCUACGGAAACAAUAACCCUGCUGCCGUACAGUACGUAGCGAAGAAGUCACCACGUAGCAAGCCCGUGGACUACACCAAGACUUCCGAGGACACUCCCGUCAGAAGACCCACCCCAUACCAGCCCCCACAGCCGACCUACAACGUCAUCGGCAACAAAUUUUCGCAACAGAACCUCGGACAGGCUAACACUCAAGGGCAGAGCAGUGCUCAGAUCGGAGGAGCUCAGACGAACGUUGGGCUCAACCAAAACGCCGUCAAUGUGGGACAGACUAACAAUCAGAAUGUUGGCGGUGGUGGCAGCGGUAGUUACAGGCCAUCUUACGAUGCACCCAGCUACGGUGCCGGUGCUGGCGGAGCUAUCAUCAUCCCAGUCCUUCCCUCAUAUGCUGGUGCUGGUGGCUCGAAUGUAAUCGGAAACAAGAUCGACUCUCAAACACUUGGACAGGUCAACACCCAAGGACAAGGUAACUAUCAGCAAGGUGGGGCCCAGACCAACGUUGGAGCUAACGCUAACACUGUGAACGUUGGACAACAGAACUACCAGGGAGGCGGAGGAGGCGGAGGAAGCGGAUACAGGCCUUCAUAUGAUGCUCCAAGUUAUGGAGCCGGAGCAGGAGCCGGAUACGGCGGCGGACCAAUCUACAUUCCUGACUUCAACAACUUCAUCAAGAACAACGUUUACUCACAAAAUCUUGGCCAGACCAACACUCAGGGUCAGGCUAACUACCAACAGGGUGGAAAUCAAGCAAACGUUGGUGUCAACACUAAUGAAGUAAACGUUGGACAGACCAACAAUCAGAACGUCGGCGGAGGAAAGGCCAGCUACGAUGCACCAAGAUACGGUGGCUAUCAACCCACAUACGGUGGCUACCAGCCCCCCUACGGUGGAUACCAACCAUCUACAAAUGUGAUUGGCAACAAAUUCAACCAGCAGAAUCUCGGCCAAACCAACCAGCAGGGACAGCAGAACUAUCAGAAGGGAGGUGAUCAAACCAACGUCGGAGCCAACGUCAACACAGUGAAUGUUGGCCAAACCAACACACAGAAUGUCGGUGGUAAAAGCAGAGGAUACGAUGCACCAAAGUACAAGCCGGCUCCCGAGCCUGAGAACCCCUACCGCCAUCGCAACUAG